AUGACUUCUCAGGAAGAGGUUCAAGAGACAAAUCCCACUACUGGAAGUCUUGAAAUCAUCUCCGUUACAGAAGAUGAACCACCAGUACCACAAAUUCAGUUUACCUUCAAAAGAUUUUUCUUCAUACCACAAGCAAGAGUGGACCCAAGUGCAGAUGGAUCUGGAGAUAUUGAACCACCUUCAAUGUGCCAUGCUCUUGUCUCCCUAAAAUACUUCCCAUAUAUCUGUGGUUUAUUCCUUGCAGUAAUCCUAGCAGUUGCCAUUGGCCUGGGUGUCCAGUAUAACUGCAUUGGGAAGUUUCGCUGUCGAUCAUCCUUUAAGUGUAUCCAGAAAUCAGCCAGGUGCAAUGGUGUCUUCAACUGUAAAGAAGGGGAGGAUGAGUACAGAUGUGUCAGGCUGAGUGGGAAGAGGGCAGUGCUGCAGGUGUUCACCUUUGGCUCCUGGCGCACGGUCUGCUCCGACGACUGGAGGGCAGAGUAUGGCAACACCACCUGCAAGCACCUGGGCUUCUCCAGUUACGUGAGCUCAGGUUACCUGCCCGUGGCUGCAGUUGAAAAACAGUUCCAAAGACAUUUCGUAUCCCUCAGCCACUGGUUCUCAGCUGAUCAAGUGACAUCCCUGCACAAUGCCACCAACCUCAGGGAGGAAUGCACUUCUGGCAAUGUGAUCAUCUUAAAGUGUUUGGCGUGUGGGACUCGGGCCAGCUACGGGCCGCGGAUCGUGGGGGGCAACGCGUCGUCACCCCAGCAGUGGCCGUGGCAGGUCAGCCUGCAGUUCCAGGGCCACCACCUGUGCGGGGGCUCGGUCAUCACCCCGCUCUGGAUCCUCACAGCUGCCCACUGCGUCUACGACUUGUACUUGCCGAGCUCAUGGAGUGUUCAGGUUGGUUUUGUGACUCAGCAGGACACCCAGGUUCACCCCCAUUCAGUGGAAAAAAUCAUUUACCAUCGGAAUUAUAAACCCAAGACGAUGGGGAAUGACAUAGCACUGAUGAAACUGGCAGCACCUCUCGCUCUCAAUGGUCACAUUGAACCGAUCUGUCUGCCCAAUUUUGGUGAACAUUUCCCAGCAGGGAAAAUGUGUUGGGUAUCAGGAUGGGGAGCAACUGUGGAAGGAGGUGACACAUCUGACACCAUGAAUUAUGCCGGUGUUCCUCUGAUUUCCAAUGCAAUUUGCAAUCACAGGGAUGUCUACGGUGGGAUCAUAACUUCUUCAAUGCUUUGUGCUGGUUUCCUAAAGGGAGGGGUGGACACCUGCCAGGGGGACAGUGGGGGCCCUUUAGCCUGUGAAGAUAUGAGUGUCUGGAAGCUGGUGGGGACCACCAGCUUUGGAGUGGGCUGUGCAGAGAAGAACAAGCCAGGUGUCUACAGCAGAACCACCUCCUUCCUGGACUGGAUCCACGAGCAGAUGGAGAGAGAAGAACUGCAGACCUGAGGGGGGUGGCCGUGCUCUGGGCUCCUGAAAACCCACAUCACACUCCAGCCCUGCAGAAGGACCCAGCCCACUCUUCUGGUCACCUGCUCUGAGCUCUGGGCCUUCACAGAGCACCUUUCACCAUUUCUUUUUGUUACUGGCAGCUGCACUUGAUGCAAACUGCUGCACAUUCAGCCUGUUUUGGGUGCAAGAAGCAGAUGGAUGAUGGAUGAUCAGCAUGUCUGUUUACUGGCAGCUACAGAUUUUACAUGGAGGAAAAAAGCUAAGACUGAUAACCCUGGAUGCUGUCACAAUGAAGUUUUGCAGAAAAAGACUAGAAUAUUUAUAGAUCAGGUGGCUCACUGUUAUUUUAGUCCUUACCUUCCAAGAACCAGACUACAAAAAUACCUUUUUUCCUGAAAGUAUUGGUAUAGGUGCACAAGAGUUCUGUGCUCUGUUGUACAGGCAGCAGCAGCUUCCUUUGAAUCCAAAAGCAAGCAGGAAGCAGAGGGUUGGCACUUUUGACAAGUAUGUUCAACUCUUAGAAAAAAUAAUCUCUGAAUUCAAAUGUAAUAUUAUCUUGCUGUGAACAAACUUCAUAAAAAUCAAAUUAUUCUGUGUUUUCCUGCAGUAAAUAGCUCUGAAAUGAGCAUCAGGUUGUAACUUGACUGGAAAGUUCUGAGAUUACUGAACUUAAAUGGAAGAGGAGCUUCUUUGUGCCCUGCUUUCCCUCCUUUUCUCUGCUAAUGGGACAAUACAGAUCCCCCACCCUUUGUGCCCCUUAGUGACAUCAGUGUGGGAAUGGAAUGACGCCAGCCAGACAAAGGACAAAAUAUCUGAAAUGCUGCUGUGGUUUCCUGAUUUCCAUUUUAAUACAACAGUCUCAGCUUUUUUUUUUUUAGGCUGGAAAAUGCCUGAUUGUUUGAACUUGACCUUUGUAAAAAUCCCAGGGUGAAAGUUGUGAAUUUCAGAAUUGAUCACCAAGGAUGGUGUGGGCUGAAUAAUGGAUAAUAUUGUCAGAGCAUUCCAAUAUCAGCCAAAAUUGAUCUUAUCAGCUGAUCAGGUGUGGUGAUCUGCUUGAGAAGUGGUUUUGGAUGCAGUCUCUGUGCUUCUCAAUCAGUAUUUUCAUCACCACUGCUGCAUGAAAGCGCCGGCAGAAUCAGAAUUUAAUUUUUGCUGCAAUGCAUCGCGUCAAAUCCGAGAGAAAACAGCAAACCCACAUGGACUGUCGGGCUCCACUUUGUUCUGUGGAUACAAACCUUGAUAUCACAGGACACUGCUCCAAAACCUUUCCCUCUGACUGAAGAAACUGCAGUGCAAUGGAAACAGCACUUCCCAAGCCUGGGUGUUGUUAAAAAGAAGACGGAAUUGUUAUUGCAAAGCUGACACCAAAACUGGAAUUAAUUUCAACCAACAGAAGCACGACAGAACUACAACAAAGUAUGUUGAACCCUUGUGUAGUUGAGACAUUUUCAGAAGAGUUUUAAUGUUCAUUGCUUGUUAUCAUGACAUUUUCACAGCCCAGCAUGGCUGAUAUUUCAGUAGUGUCAGCAGUCUGGAGACGAGAGUGCUGCUUUUGGAACUGACAGUGUUGUUAUUUCAUAUUUCUAAAAGGACCCCUGAAAAUUCCUUUUGAACUCUUCUGUUUCUAUAAAGAGACUGUAUGAUAAGUAUCCAUUGUAGUCGGCUUUUGUAUUAAAGAGAAAUCCAGUGUAAAAUGUGGAAAGCUACUGAAAUCUUCCCAACCAAAAGCCACACUGACCCCCAGAUCAAUGACAAUCACUUAUGGGUGGUCCCAGCCCAGUGA